AUGGCGGCUGCUACUGCUAGAGUUGACGAAAUGGUGAAAGAUUACUUGCUGUAUCGAGGUUUUACCAACGCACACAGAUCGUUCGAAGCGGAACUGAAAAAUGAAAAAGAGAGAGGUUUAAGGGCUGACAAGUUGGUGGAACAGCUGUACACCUAUAUAGUAACCUAUGACCUUGCAUCAUUACGUGAGUUUUGGAACAACCUGAAUCAUCGUUUGUUCUCACGACUAGAGCAACGAUACAUGCCAAGUGUUCGCAAACUGGAAGUCGGCCUCCUAAAGUUCUACAUUGUGUAUGCAUCACAGAACAACCAUCAGGACAAAGUUAGAGAAUUCUUCGAAAAAAUGACACCAGAAAUUCAAAAUCAGUCAGAAUUUAAAGAUUGGUUUUCAUUUCCAUUCAUCAAAUCUCCAGAGGAAAAUUCAAGCUUUGUGAUGUACUUCACAAAGCCCUGGCAGGACACAUAUUUCUUGUCCCUUCACAACUUCCUCAGUGUCAUCAUACAGGCUAUGCCUGCUCCCACCCUUCUGAACUUUGAUAUUGAGCACAAAAGGAUGAAGAAUUUACAAGAGGAGAAUGAAAUGUUGAAACAAAAGCUUCAUGGCAUUACCACCAAACCAGAGACAGACAGCCAAAUGAGAAAUCAACAGCCAAACGAGCCCAUUAGCAGGGGAGCUAACUCUAUGGAUCUUAUCUAUGACUUUUCAGCAUUGGCAGAUGAAAGUUUUGAACAAGAAAAGCAACAGAAGACGUCACGGAGAUUCCCAAUCAAUUUCCCUGCACCCACACUCCUUGGGAAAAAAACAACCAAUAGAACAGGGGGAAACAGUAAUUCCAAGAAAACUGACCAAUCAGCAUCAAAGGCAGCAACUAAACCUGUUGCCAAGGCAAAAGUCUCAAGCAAACCUGUUAACAUACAGACCAAGCAGUUAAAGCCUUCUCAAGUCCAGAUAGGGGCAACCCCUCCCCAAGGACCAUCCAGAGGGGGAAAUGGGGGCUCUGAUCAAAUAAAACAUGAAGGGGACCAUGGUGACCAUACUGUGCAAAGGUCGCCAGCCAAGAGCACAACGGUUGGUACCGAGGACUCUCACGGAAGCCCUGGCUUGUCCAGCAGUGUACAACAGCGACGGAAAGCCAUCGACCAACAUAUAAAUGAAAGGGGACAACUACUGGGUAACUCUGACACAAAAACUGAGAAGAGGGAGGGUGAUGUUAGCCCUGUAAAGCGAGGAUUGAUAGGGAAAGCCACACCCCCAGUUACCAGAGCCCAAUCAGCAGGAACUUCAGACACACCCACUGUUACAACUCACCACACAACUAGAUCUGUGAGUGUUGUAGAGUCAUCCAGGACUUCCAGUCACACUAAACAAGUGGAGAUGGUCCAGUUUCCCACCGAAUCUAAGGCUCCUGCACCAGGUGCUGAAUCCUGUCCGUUUCUGCCACUGAGUCAAGAGGAAUAUUGUGAGCACAGAGCUGCAUUGUCCUAUUGUCGAUUCUCAAACACUGGUCAGUAUAUUGCCAGUGUGGACGUGGAUGGAGUGGUCAAAGUUUGGACAUGGAGUCCCCAGCCUACCACAGCAGCCACUGUCAUGUCUAAAUCAGCUUUUCUAUCCUUGGAAUGGGCCAGCAAGUCUGACAGAUGGUUGUUACUAGGCAACAGAUCUGGAAACAUUAGAUUGUUCGAUGUUAAAGAAAUGAAGUCCUUCUAUGAAGCAACAGCUGAUGCAAGCUACCCCAGGGUUAUAAACCUAUGUGCAAGUCCUGCGGGCGGAUCUUUUGUGUGUUCAGCAUCUGUCAAUAGAGCUCGGUCUGGAUCCUCAAGUGGAGAAAGUGGCCCUUCCCCAUCCAUAAGCAAGGUUGGAAAGCUGACUCUGUGGGAUCUACGUACCAUGAAAGUCAAUAAACAACUGCCUAUUGAUCCUGGCCCUAUGGCGGUCAACUGUUGUGCAUUCAACCAUAACGGUCAACUACUUCUGACAGGGGCUGCUGAUGGUCUCAUUAGAAUGUAUGACAUCCAGCAGUGCCGUUGUAUUUCACAAUGGGAGGCCCACAGUGGGGAAGUUCUGAGUCUCCAGUUCUCCAAUGAUGAGACUACAUGUUACAGUAUGGGAUCAGAUUCCAAGUUCCUACAAUGGAGUGUUCACAAGCCAGGACUGCAGCAACAGGAAUUGCCAAUCCAUCCUGGAGCCUCACUUCCAUUUCUUGCAAGUGGACUUUGGGGAGGAAAAGAGAUACCUAAGGGGAGACUAUUCUCGUUUGAUGGAGAGGGCCAGUAUGUCUUAACCUGUGACAAAAACAAAGGCUUAAUAUACAAGGUCAAUGGUGGGCUGUCCAAAACAUUGGACUUGAGUGGACACAAGUCAAACUUGACCACUGUGGAUUGGUCACCUGGUAUAGACACGAAGGUUUGUCUCACUGGAGCUAUGGAUGGAAAAGUCAAUAUAUACACUCUACUGUCACACUGAAAGGAUUCUAAUGGACAGUGUUAAAAACAUUCUCUUGCCUCGAAACAUCAGUGUGAUUAGACAUUGUGCAAUGAGGGCAAAGGUCAUCACAAAAUGUCAACAUCAUUGGGAUUCUUGUCAAUGUUGCAAAUACAUUUAGUCAAGUGUUAAGGUCAUUUUUGAAAAGACUGUUCCAUAUCAUUUAUAUCAUAUUGGAAGACUUAAUACCUUUAUUUCGCCCUGUGAUCUUUUACUACAAAAUAUUCUGAAUACUUGCCAUAUGAAACAUAUCGUAAUCUACAAAACACAGUUGACCAUAUUGUGUAAACCACUUAAGCAAAUUAUAUUAUAUAAGACACAACACUGUACUGUGGUAAAAAAAGUUUUUUUUAAUUAUUUGCUUAUAUAGAAUGAUGUUUGCUACAUAAAGUGUUGUAUUUUGAAUUCACACACUACUUGUGUAAAGAUAUCUAGUUCUGUAAAUGUUGAGUUUGUACUGUUGAGAUUAAGGGGAUAUUUGAAACUUCUUGACUGAAAAUUUUUCUCGUCAAAAUUGAAGCAUAGAUUUGUGUUAAUACAAGAAAAUUCUGGUAAAAAAGCCAUAAAAAUUGUUCUGACUUUGACACUACAUAUAUUAGAUAAUAAUGAUGUUAGUGUUAGCAGUGUUUUGUUGAUCUGACAUAUCAGAGAAGACAGAAAAAAUCAGAACUGAUAUUGAUUUUUGAUCUCUUGGGUAUAAGUGUAUUGACACCUAGAUUUGUGUAUUGGAUUUUAUUGUGUACUGAAUGAACUGAGACGACUAAUGCAUCCUUGGAUGAAUAUACAUAAAAUAUUUGGAAUUAAUUAAGUUUAAUAUUGUGAGAUAUUAGCAUAAAUGGAUGUACUUUAUAUGGACAAUUUUCGUAUGUAAAACUGGUACAUUAAACAUGUGUUCUACUUAUGCAAUAGCUUUUGUGCAAUAGGUCUGAAGGCCAUCUGAAAUUUAAGAUGAAUUUAUGGAGGUGAAUGGAGUGAUAUUAAACAAGAAAUAUGAGUUCUUUUACCUGUGAAUGGAUUACAUACCAAGUAGUUUGCAAAUUUUCACAUCAGUAUGGACAACAGUUUUCUACUUUUGUUUGUGUUAUUUUGAAUCUUUCGCUAUCUCAAGAACACUUGCAAAUACAGCUUUAGUGGGAUGGACAGCUGCCGAGUGUUAAGUAAUGGAAGUAACUGAAGGUGCAGAUUUCUGUAAAAAUACUUUAAGGAAAGCAUGGAGAUCAACAAAAAGUAUCUAUUGUUGAAUGGCAUACUGCUAUUUGAUGUGAAAAUUGCAGAAGAUCUUGUAAAAUAUUGAUAACCAAAGCACUGUUUCCACUAGAUUUAACAAAAAUAUUCUGUUAGGCUUCGCUUAUCUGAUCACUUUCCUUGUCACUCUUUGUUAUUAAUGUAUUUGUUAUGUUUGCCUAUUUGUGUUAAUUUUAUAUUUAUAUUGUCACAUUCCAAAUUUUGUGUUUUUUAAAUUGAAUUCUUGUAUUUCUGUGA